GGGGAGGGGAGGGCCGGCGGGGGUGCCCCUGAGGAGCGGCGGAGGGGCCCCCGCUCCGCCCCGGCCGCAGGGUGUAAAAAUGGCCUCCCGGCGCAUCACCCGCGAGUCGUUCGGCGCCGUGGUGCAGGACAAAGUGAAGCGCUACCGCGGGGAUGCCGCCGAGGAGGCGAUCCAGCAGCGCUUCAGAGCCCACCCCAGGCCCGUCCCGAGGCCGCGCUACGACGAGAGCUUCCACGACGGCGGGAGGUACCCCCACGACAACCCCCAGCCCCGCCACCCCCCCGAGGAGUGGGGGGAAGACCCCCGGGAGGACUAUCCAGGCCCUUCCUACAGGCCUGCGAGUCCCCUCCUGCGGAAGGACAACUACUACCACGAACAGUUCGGCCGCCCCGCGCUGCGGGACCGGCAGUUCGGCCGCCCCGCGCCUCACGAGCGGGAGUACGGGCGCCCGGCUGCCCAAAACAGGGAGUAUGGGCACCCAGCUGCCCAAAACAGGGAGUAUGGGCACCCAGCUGCCCAAAAUCGGGAGUACGGGCGCCCGGCGUCGCGCGACCGGGAGUACGGACACCCGGCUUCCCGCGAGAGGGAUUACGGGGGCCUGGCUUCCCACGACCAGGAUUAUGGCCCUCCUGACUCUUGGGAAGCUGCCGGGCCACACGAACCCAAUUUUAGCCCUUCGGAUAUCCUGGGGGACUUCAGGUCGCCGGGGCUCAUGGAGGAAGAGUACGGCGGCGCGGAGAACCAGGAGUACGACGUGGAGUUCGGGGUCCAAGACAGCGAGUUCCGGCCCCCCAUCCGGAGGGGGGCUGUUGGCAGGGGGAGGAUCCUGAGGGGGAAGCGGCUCACGAGGGGUGUGGUUAAAGCUAAAGUGUUCAAAGGAGAGGUCAAAACUCCCCUCAAGAAGUGGAACAUGAAGAAACCGCAGCCGGGCCUCGAUCCGCAGGCGCUGGAGCAGCCCCUGGAAGCUGCCGAACAACCCGACCAGGGGCCGGUGCCCGUCCAAAAGCUGCCUCCACGACCUAAUCAAAGGCCUGCCCUGGCAGCCCAGAGACCCAUCCUCAGGCUCCCAAAGCCUGCCCACGUGUUCAGGAACCUCAACUUCGACCUGGUGGAUAAAUCAGACAUUUUUUCCACGUUCGGAGUGGAGAUCAUAAAGUGGGCCGGGUUCCACGCCAUCAAGAACGACGCCGAGUUCUCCCGGCUCUUCGGGGCCCUCUUCGAGCUGGAGACAGAAACCUGUGCCAAAAUGCUGGCCUCCUUCAAGUGCUCCCUGAGGCCAGAGCACAGGGAUUACUGCUUCUUCACCAUCAAGAGCUUGCAGCACGCCGCCCUGAAAACCCCCAAGGUGGACAACGAGUUUUUGAACAUGCUGCUGGACAAGGGCGCCGUGAAAACCAAGAACUGCUUCUUCGAGAUCAUCAAACCCUUCGACAAGUACAUCAUGAGGCUCCAGGACCGGCUCCUGAAGGGGGUCACCCCGCUGCUCAUGGCCUGCAACGCCUACGAGUUGAGCAUCAAGACGAGCGGCUUCGGGAACCCCCGAGAGAUGGCCGGUGCUUUCGAGACCACCGUGUCUCUGUGUCGGAAGUCCCUGGCUCUCCUGGGCCAGACCUUUGCCCUGGCGUCUGUUUUCAGGCAGGAGAAGAUCCUCGAGGCCGUGGGGCUCCAGGAAAUGGCCCCGGCGCCGACGCUGUUCCCGAACUUCGACGACUCCACUUUGUUCGGGAGGGAGUACAUUGAGAACUUGAAGGCCUGGCUGGAGAAGAGCGGGUAUCCCAUCCAGAUGAAAAGACCCGAACCCGAGGCCACAGAACAGCUUAAAACCCCCUCUCCUGACACGAAAGCAGUCCCACAACGAGCUGACAGGAAAGUUGUGGAGACAAUUGAGCAGCUGGUGAAGAGCAUCGUGUCAGGAACCUUGUCUGCCAAAGACAGGAGCGCUCAGAAGAACUGCCCUGAAUACUGGUUCCUGUCUGAUGAGGACAGCCUGGAGUACAAAUAUUACAGACUGAAGUUGUCAGAGAUGCAGAGGAGGAAGGAGGAGGGUGGGGAGGGCAGGACCCCAGAAGAAGCUGCCACAGAAUCCAUCCGGGCCCUGCUCUACGCCAGGAAAAUUGCAAGUAUUAAGAGAAGGCUGUUUAAGAGAAAAAGGCCUGGAGUGCUCCCCCAGCGUGGCACCCGAGGAAGGAAGGUGAGGAGAGCAACCAUAGGGACACAGACUGUGCUUUCAGCUGGGACAGUGCUGAGGCACCAAGACAAACAUCUUCCAGGUCCAGCCCAGGUCUCCGUGGCAGGAUCCAGCCUGUCCCAGCAGAACUCUCCCCUCGUCCCCACCUCGUCCCCACAGCGUGGCCCCGGCUCCGAGGCCUCUCUGCCAGCAGAGGAAAGGGCAGAUCCCGAGGAUUUAUCAGCACCACCAGAGCUUUUCCCACCACUGGCCUCUCAGUUUCCUGAUGUGGAUGCCAAAACCAUGGAAACUGCAGAGAAACUUGCCAAGUUUGUGGCUCAGGUAGGACCAGAAAUCGAGCAGUUCAGCAUAGACAACAGUGCAGAUAACCCAGACCUCUGGUUUCUACAGGAUCAGAACAGUUCUGCUUUCAAAUUUUACCGGAUGAAGGUCUAUGAGUUGUGUCCCUCCAUCAACUUCAGCGCUGUGUCUGAAGCAGCUGACACUGGGGAGGGUGCUAAAGCUGGAGAGAGGACUUUGGACCUUUCAGAAGAGGAAGAGGAGGAAGAAGAAGAAGAGGAGGAGGAAGAGAACGAGGAGGAAGCCGAGUUUGAGGAGGACAUUUCCCAGCCUUUGGAAGAAACGGAGCAAGCAGAGGAGGGAGACGAGGAGGACGUGCCAGCAGGUAGAAGUGUGGAAAACCUAGAUGAAGAGAUGGUUUCCAAAGCAGGAGAGGAAAUGUCAGCAGGUGAAAUGCAGCUUUCCAGCCCCUCUGAUGGUGCUGUACCAAAUCUGUCGACACAGGCACCGGCCGCUGCCCCCGGCACCCCCUUCCCCCGCAAACGAAUCAGCAGCAAGUCCCUGAAGGUUGGGAUGAUCCCUGCCUCUAAAAGGAUCUGCCUCAUAGAAGAACCAAAAGUGCACGAGCCUGUCAGGAUUGCUUAUGACAGACCUCGGGGUUGCCCAGUUACAAAGAAGAAGAAGAAACCAAAAGAUUUGGAGUUCUCCCACAAGAGGCUGACACACAGGAACGUGGGGUUCCAGAUGCUCCAGAAGAUGGGCUGGCAGGAGGGACACGGCCUCGGGACACGAGGGAAAGGGAUCAGAGAGCCUGUAAAAGUGGGUGCUACCUCUGCAGGGGAGGGCUUGGGUGUUGCAGGGGAAGAAAAUAAAGAAGAUGCAUUUGAUGUUUUCCGUCAGAGAAUGAUACAAAUGUACAGGCAGAAAAGAGCAAGUAAAUAGUUUGCCUGUUUUGUGAUGAGAUUCCUCACCAAAAGAAAAAAUGGAAUAAGUGACGUGGGAACCACGCUGGGCCUGGUUUGGUUCUGGCCCUUUCUGAGAGCAAGACCCUUCUCAAAUUCAGAUCUUCUGCGAGGCAGUUCAGAUUCUGUGACCCUGCAUUUUGUUGAGGGGUCCAACCUUCCAACCCACUUCUGCACAAAGCAGUUUCCUCCCCUCCCUGCACCAGUUUUCAGAGGAGUCUCCACCCCUGGGUGUUUAUUUGGGGUGAGAGUCCAGGCUUUGAGUGCAGGGUGAGCAGCUGAGUCCAUCCCAGUCUGACAGCACCAAACCCUUCCUGGGAAAGCUCAGCUGGGAAGGUUUUUUUCCUUGCAGUGAACAAGCUGUACAGUUCUAAGUGUGCUUUCUUGUUUGGACACAAAUUUGCAGCUCUGCCCCAAGAAAUCCUUGAAACAUUUCUUUUCCCUCUCCAAGGAGUUUUUUUAAGUCAUGAGGGGGGUGCAGGUUCAUGUGCCUGCAGAAAACACUGAAGAAAACACUUGGAAGUGGAUCAUCAGCUUUAUAAGACCAUCAGUUUAGAGAGUCAUUUCUAUCAAACAUCUGCUUUGCAGAAGUUCUUUGACUGAAAAAUCUCAACACCUAAGACAAAAACCUUUAUACUUUUAAGGGACUAUUCCAGAAUUUACUGAAAGAGAAGACUGGAUUAAUGAACAGAGAGUGUUACCUGCUUGGUGAAGCAGCUCUGAAGAGGUGGAAGAUUUAACAAGUGUUACCAAAACAACCCUCCAAGGUCUGAUCACUCAUCUUUUCCUGGCUUGCACAUCACUGAGGCUAUUUCUGAGAGGGACAGAAUUGAACAUGGCACUUUCUAGUGCAUCCUCCAUCCUGACCUGUCUAAAACCAGCCCCAGGGGUUCACCUGAGUGUUCACAGCACCCAGACCUGCUCCCACUUCCUUAAAGAGCUGCUCCUGGGCUGACCAGCAGCACGUUCUGCUGUUCCCAUCCUUGCAGAGCACCCACAGGGACGUGGCAGCAGCUCCAGUUCCUGGCAGAUCUGCAAGAUUUGUGUUCUUUGCUGUUCAAAGAGCCUCAUUUUGCUCUUCCUCCACCAAAAAGUGGUUGAAGGGGGAAUGUCUCCAUCUCCAGUCCCCCCAGCAGCAAGUUUUCCUUACCUGGUAGUUUAUCAAUGCAAGUUGAUUUCUUUUGUUUGUUUUUUUUUUUCCUUUACUGACUUUGAAACCAAAAGGAACGAGAUCAUGGCGUUGUGCAGUUUUCUGCUCACUCAGUUUUGGUUGCCCUGAAGCACAAAAUCACCCAGUAACCCCACAGAGGAACCCACUGCUGGCUCCGUUUUUCCACGGGCGUGGAGUUUUUUUUCCGUGUGUCUUCACCUCCUACAGUGCAAGAAGCUGAAGCACAAAGGCCCUGAAUACAAACAAGUUUAUCUGGUCGUCAGAUUUAAGGACCUUUUGAGAGCCCAGACAUUUCUUGGACCACAGGCUGCUUGGAAAAUCCUCAGUCCCAGUUAUUUGGCAGUUUGAGCUGUUUUAACUCCUGUUUGGGUGUGGUUUUCACUGCCCCCCUCCCUUUCUUUCCUGGGCCUAACCAGUGUAAAGCUUGAGCCUUCCAGCAAGAUCUCCCAGUCCCAGUCUGGCUUGGAAUAACUGGAACCAGCACUGCUGGCCUCUGAUUUAUCCCUCAGACCCACUCCAGAGGGUUUAGCUUUCCUCUUAGCCCAGGGGUGAAGCUGCCAGCGCGUUGCUGCCCCUGAUUUUUUAUUUCCCUGCACAAUUCCAGUUCAACCUCUUCUUUCCCAUUUCCUGCUUUGGAAGAAGGAUCCUUGAUUCCAUGUCCCAUUGCUGCCAGGGUGGAAUUGCAGGCUGGAGUGAAAUCCAGCUCUCAGCCCCAGCCCAGCCCUCGGAGCUGCUCUGGUUUAACCCCAGUUAAAGGGGCACAGCCCUCCUGGGGGUGCCUCUGCUGGGCUCCUGCUCCCCUCAGGCUGGGAGAACCCUUGGAAUCCGGGCUGGGAAGUGGUGCUGUCCUUCCCUGAGAGUUCAGCUUAAGAGUUUAAAGCUGCCUUGAGAGUAAAGGUGAAUAUUGGGACGCUCCUGAGCCGGAGCGUGGCCUGUCUUGUGCCAACCCUGAGUUUGGGAGCUGCUCUCGGCUCUGGUGCUGAAAUUCCAGCAUUGCUCCCACCUUGGGUUCACCCUUUGCCACUUGGUCUUGUUUUUUACCAAGAGCUGACCUUCCACACUCCUCCUUUUGCACGAGGAACCCCCCCCUUUUGGUUCUGACCCGCCUUUUGCAGGCAGCUCUGAGAAGUUGUACAUGUGAAACGUUUGUGAUGCAGACACUUUGCCUUUGCUGGAGGUUUUUACAAGCUUCUUUUUCUGUUAUUUUAGUUCCAGGCUCUCUUCCAUGAAGACUGCAAGCUUCAGUGAACAUUUUAACUAACUUCAGUGGUGUGUCUGCUGUCUUUUGGUUGGGUUUUGCCAUUAAUCCCGUAGAGAAUUUGCUCGUUUCUGUCCCGUGCAGAUGCAGCAGUGCUAAGCCAGUGGCAAUGCAUUUCCCUGUAGUGUAAGUAAAAAAAAAAAAAACAACAAAAAAAACAAACCCUGUUAGCAUUGUUAACCCUUUGAAUAGCUGCAAUAAAUGUAGAACUAAACGACCUUCUGGUUUUAAAUGUUUUUUUUUGCUUGUGAGUUUGGCCAUUUGGAAGAGAUAUGCAUCCUUUUGGCACUAACCAGUGGGGUUUGGGGUCGUGUCCUUAGCAAAGUGUGAAGCAGGAUUUUGGGAGUGUCUGAGGGAGGGAAGCUCCCUCUGUUCUGUGCUGCUAAAUGUCUCUUUAACCUUGAGAAACCCACUAAAUCACUUCUUAGUUAACUUUUGGUGCAUCAAAUCCACCCCCACAGCGUUACUGUCCACAGCUGGAAUGCCAGAGUUUCCCCUGUGUAUCCCAAUUUCCCAGGAAUUAACUGUCUCUCUGAUUUCCUUGCUGUGCUGACUUGAAAACAGCAGCAAGCUUUCUCUUUCCAUACCUCUGUGGUUUUUACUGUUGCCUUGAAAUCCGAAUUCCUUUUUUUUUUUUUAUAAGGCAGGAGGGGAGGGGGGGAACCUGCAGUGACCUGGAAUUUAACCCUCCUUCUCUCCAGGGUCUCCUGGCCCUUGUUUGGCACUGCCAGCCAGGAAAAGCUUUACAGAGCCAAGCCCUGGCUACACCUUUGUCCUCCUUUGCCUUCGAAAAAAUGUAGGAUAUUUAAGGACCUGGUCUAGAAGAAAAGGACAUUUGCUCUCGUUGGAGAGAAGUGAGGAGAUCCCCAUUUUGGGGGAGGUGCCCUUAAAACUACAGUCAGUAAUUCAGUGUUUGGACUAAUUGUGUUGGACUCAUGGAGAUGGGUUUAUUUUUUUUUUUUUGUCUUUGGGGUGAUCCAACGACAUUUUUCCUAUUUAUUUUUGGUUUGUUUUUCUUUUUUUUUUAGAACAAUCCUUAGUGUGAACACCCAGUCUGUGCUGAGAUGGGUUUUUUUCUCCAAAUCAGUGUACAGUGGUUUGGGGUUUUUUUUCUAUUGAUAUCCCAUUCUGCUUGAAAGCCAGCUGUGCCCAAAGAAAGCCUGGACUCAGAAAUUCAAAAUAUUAUCCUUUUGGGUUGUUUUCUAUCCUACAACGGGUCUGUUUUCUAAUUAAAAAAUGAAUGCCUGGGAGUCCUGCAUCACCUUUAAUUGUGCAUAUCUCGUGACUGAGUGGCCAAUCACAACCAGACUGUAGAUUUGAGCAAUAAUAAACACCUGAAAUGAGAAUAUGCUCAAAGAACAACAGGGGUCCUUCUGAAAUAAAGAGUUUUUGGUUGGUUUUUUUUUUUUUUUUUUGUGAACCUUGUUAAAUAGGAGACUUGCUGGAAGUGCAGCAAGUGUGGAAACUGUUUGCAUUGUCUGUGGGCAAUAAAGUUCUGCUGUUUGAGAAA